AAAGCGAUCGUAUCUCUUACCAUCUUUAGAGAGAAAGAGAUAAGUCUAAGAGGAGAGAAAACAUGGAGAUCAGCAAAAGCAAUAACGGUGUUUCGAACCCAUCUGCAGGAGAAGAGUUUAAGGAUAUGAUCAAGGGAGUGUCAAAGUUCCUAAUGAUGGUGAUUUUCCUUGGGACCAUCUUGCUUUGGAUCUUGAUGCCAACACUAACCUACAAGACCAAGUGGUUGCCCCUUAUGCGUAUCAAGUUUGGAACAUCAACUUAUUUUGGUUCCUCAGGAACGACACUUUUCAUGUAUAUGUUCCCAAUGUUACUCAUAGCUUGUUUGGGAUGCGUAUAUCUUCACUUUAAGAAACGAAAGUCAUACCAUAUCGAUAGGGAGACGAAGGGAGGAGUGUGGAGUGCACUGAGAAAGCCAAUGUUAGUGAAGGGACCAUUAGGGAUAGUCUCAGUGACAGAGAUCACCUUCUUGGCGAUGUUUGUGGCUCUUCUUCUUUGGACCUUUACCAUUUAUUUGCGCAAUAGCUUCGCCACUAUCACUCCUCAAUCACUCGCCGCACAUGGCGAAUCUUUGUGGCAAGCAAAGCUGGAAUCAGCGGCGCUGAGGUUGGGGCUGAUCGGAAACAUAUGUUUAGCGUUCUUGUUCUUACCGGUGGCGCGUGGAUCAUCGUUACUACCGGCGGUGGGAUUAACAUCGGAGUCAAGCAUCAAAUACCAUAUUUGGCUCGGACAUAUGGUCAUGGCUCUUUUUACGCUUCAUGGUCUUUGUUACAUCAUUUACUGGGCCUCUGUGCAUGAAAUCUCCCAGAUGAUCAUGUGGGAUACGAAAGAUGUCUCGAAUUUGGCCGGAGAGAUUUCUCUGGUGGCCGGACUUAUGAUGUGGGUUACUACAUAUCCCAAGAUAAGGAGGAGAUUCUUCGAAGUCUUCUUCUACACUCAUUAUCUCUACAUCGUUUUCAUGCUCUUCUUCGUCCUCCACGUCGGCAUAAGCUUCUCCUUCAUCGCCUUACCUGGUUUCUACAUCUUCUUAGUCGAUCGUUUCCUUAGGUUCCUUCAGUCACGUGAGAAUGUUCGCUUGCUCUCUGCUCGGAUUCUUCCUUCCGACACCAUCGAGCUCACUUUCUCCAAAAACUCCAAGUUGGAUUAUAGCCCCACGAGCAUUUUGUUUGUGAACAUACCGAGCAUUUCAAAACUGCAAUGGCAUCCAUUUACCAUAACUUCUAGUAGCCAACUCGAACCAGAGAAGCUAAGUGUUGUGAUCAAGAGCGAAGGUAAAUGGUCAACCAAGCUUCACCAGAGGCUUUCUUCUUCUGAUCAGAUCGACAGAUUUGAUGUUUCCGUUGAGGGUCCUUACGGCCCUGCUUCCACCGAUUUCUUGAGGCACGAAGCUUUGGUUAUGGUUUGCGGAGGAAGCGGGAUAACUCCGUUUAUCUCUGUUAUUCGUGAUUUGAUCGCCACAAGCCAAAAACAAACAUGCAAAAUCCCCAAAAUAACUCUGAUUUGUGCGUUUAAGAAGUCUUCAGAAAUCUCCAUGCUAGAUCUUGUCUUGCCAUUAUCCGGUCUUGAAACUGAACUAUCCUCCGACAUAAACAUCAAAAUCGAAGCCUAUAUAACCCGAGAGAAAGAAGCAGGAACCGAAGCAACAAAUGGAAAAAUCAAAACUCUCUGGUUCAAACCAAGUCUUUCAGACCAAUCCAUCUCAUCAAUCCUUGGACCAAACUCAUGGCUUUGGCUCGGUGCAAUUCUCUCAUCUUCGUUCUUGAUCUUCUUGAUAAUUAUUGGUAUCAUCAAUAGGUAUUACAUUUACCCGAUCGACCACAACACCAACAAGAUCUAUUCAUUGACUUCAAAAACCAUCAUAUAUAUCUUAGUCAUCUCCGUGAGCAUCAUGGCGACUUCUAGUGCAGCUAUGUUGUGGAACAAGAAAAAGUACGGUAACAUCGAAAAGAAACAGGUCCAGAAUGUCGACGUUCCAUCUCCAACAUCUUCUCCUACUUCUUGGGGUUACAAUUCCAUGAGAGAAAUCGAAAGCACCCCACAAGAAUCGCUCGUGCAACGCACCAACCUGCAUUUCGGAGAAAGACCUAAUCUCAAGAAACUUCUACUUGAUGUGGAAGGUUCGAGUGUGGGAGUUCUAGUGUGUGGUCCGAAGAAGAUGAGACAAAAGGUUGCGGAGAUAUGUUCCUCUGGUUUGGCUGAGAAUCUUCAUUUUGAAUCUAUCAGUUUCAGCUGGUGAUUGCGUACGUAUAUAACUCUGUUUUACCAUGUGUUGUUGAAUUUGCUUGAAUUGCAAGUUAAUAAGUUGGGCCUUGUGAUUUGACCUAUCUUUGUAUGCUUAUUACAUUGACUUUCCUGUUUUUCUUUUGGGUCUCUUUUUAGGAAUAUUUAGUGUGAAAAUUUGGCAAUAUCCUUUUGUUUGUAAUCCAGUAAUCCUUACGUUUCCUUAUGUAACAAAGCAUAAAGGUUUAUGUAAUUUGUAAAUGUUGAAAUAUAUUAAACUCAUUUUGGGUCA